GGACCCAGGGGAGGCCAACGUGGUGACGCGUGUGUCGCAGUGGGCGGACAACCACCUGCGCCUUGUCCAGAACAUCAGUACUGGAAUGGCCAUAGUUGGAAUAAUGCUACUAAUAAGAAGUGUUCGCCUGACAUCAAAAUUUACAACCUCUGCAGAUAUUCCAGUAGAGUUUAUAAGAAAGAAAGUUAAGCUACGUGGCCGAUUACACCGGAUAACUGAGUGUGGUCUAGAAAUUGAACAUAUUCCUAUUACUUUACCUUUUAUAUCUUCAUGGAAAAAAGAGCCACGUGGAGUUUUGCUGGUUAAGCUGGCUGGAGUGGAACUCACUGAAAUCGGUAAGGUCUGGUUACAGAAAGAGCUGAAACCUUCCCAGCUGCUGUGGUUCCAGCUUCUUGGAAAGGAGAAUUCAGCACUUUUUUGCUAUCUUUUAGUGAACAAGGGUGGAUAUUUUAAUGUGAAUCUGAAUGAGGAAAUUUUGAGAAAAGGCUUGGGCAAAACGGUUCUUGUCAAAGGGCUAAAUUAUGACUCAAAAUCCCACUGGAAAAUCCACAGACGCUUACUUAAAGCUGAACUGACAGCCUUAAAGAAAGGAGAAGGAAUAUGGAAGGAAGAAUCUGAAAAAGAAAGUUAUUUUGGAAAAUUCAAAGAUUCCUGGAGAGAAAGAUGGAAAAAGGACAGAUUUUUAAAAACAACUGGACCAGAUUUCAACUUGACCAAAGAAAGUUAUUAUGACAGGUUUCGGAGGGCUUGUGGGAGCUGGAAGGACCACAUGGGCAACUUCUCUUUAGUUUUAAAACUCAGAGAAUUUGUGAGCCGCUUACACUUUUGGAGAAAAUGAUGAAGCAUCCUCAAGGUCUAGCGGUGACCUCUGAAGAGUGAAAAGCAUCAGUAUGUGACCACUUUUUGUUGAUUCAAAAUGGAAAUUUUUCAGGUGACCAAACUUCUUUUGCUUAGAAAUGUAUUUUAUUCAACUAAAAUAUAAACUCAAAGUUCCCAAACA